AAACCAACGCUCACAUAUAUCAACAUAUAGUUUGAAUUAUUUUGUGCCUUUGAAAAUAUAGAAACAGAAAAAAGCGCUUGAAUAAUUAAAUAUUGAGGACAAAAUGGGCGGACGAUUAUUUAGGUAUUGUCAACAUCAACUGGAUCAGGAAGCUCCCGACAACCGACGCUGAUGAAGACUUGAUCAAAAACUUCGUUGAUAUCGGUGGACAUUAUCGAUCAAGAUCAAACUGUUGGACUUGGUGGAGAAGAUUUGGAAACCCAGUUCCUACCUGGACCAAGUGACGCAGGCGCGCUCCAACAUUUUUGCGUCUAUGACUGGACUCCAGGUGAGAGGAGUAUCAAGCUCCACACCGGGCCCGCUCCGAGUUUGUUCUGUAAAUAGUCGCCAUGGGUUAUAUGUGCAGUUGAUCUGAGCGACAUGGACAUAAAUAGACAUGGUCGCGCAUGUCAAACAAAGGCGUUUGAUCAAAGUAGAUAAAGAGGAAUUAAAGGUGACGGCUGGAGCAGGGAGGCAGACAUGCCCAGGUGUCCUCUUUAACUUCCGUAACAUACACACAAGGCUGGGAAUUCAAGUGUAACGUUUGUGACUGUCUUGAACGUUUGGCAUGUUUAUGCUCGUGGGUUAGCGUCGGGGGCGCGCACGCAAGCACGUCAGCUACGUUCCCCACCACGCGCAGCGAUAGCCGGAAGCAUCGAUGGGAGGAAAAUAAAAAUCGAUCAAAACCUCUGUAGAUCGUGAGUGUGGACCGCUCUCUGGACCGUGGGCUCUGGUUUGGCGCCUUCAGCACUGCCGCGGGGCCGACAGCAAGCAGGGGAGCCGCCACAUUCGGACCAAGUUGCUCGGUAAGGGGGGUUUUAGCUGACGUGUGGAGAAGUUGAGACUGCAGAUCAACAAACAUAAACAAGCUGGGAUCAGCUGCCCGAACCGAACCCGCGGCGCAGACACGUCAAGUGUCCCCGUUUGAGUCCAGGAAAGAGCCAGAGGAGACGUGGACUUUCCAGAGGCUGUCUGUAGCUCCAUGUCAACUGUCAACAGUGGAACACAAAGAAUUUGGAAACGACGAGGAUCAGCCGUAGACAGCUCUGCUCCUGUCUCACAGUGUCAACACCAGGCCAGGCAACCAUGGACCAGCAAUAGGCGCUCAUCUGUUCUUCAUUCCUAUUUGCAGUGCGAGAAACCGAGAUUGACAUGGCCCACCAGGCGACCCCGAGCUCCCAGAAGGCCCUGAUGAUGGAGUGGAAGUCUCUGCAGGAGCAACCGGUGGAGGGCUUCCGCAUCACACUGGUGGAGGAGUCGGACCUCUACAACUGGGAGGUGGCCAUCUUUGGUCCUCCGAACACCUUGUACGAGGGCGGUUACUUCAAGGCUCACAUCAAAUUCCCUGUCGAUUAUCCGUACUCUCCACCAUCCUUCCGCUUCCUCACCAAGAUGUGGCACCCCAACAUCUACGAGAACGGAGAUGUUUGCAUCUCCAUCCUUCACCCUCCAGUGGACGACCCCCAGAGUGGAGAACUCCCCUCUGAGAGAUGGAACCCCACCCAGAAUGUCAGGACAAUCCUGCUCAGCGUCAUCUCUCUCCUGAACGAACCCAACACUUUCUCUCCCGCUAACGUGGACGCCUCCGUCAUGUUCCGGAAGUGGAGGGACAGCAAAGGGAAGGACAAGGAAUACGCCGAGAUCAUCAGGAAACAGGUGCUGUCGACGGCCGCCGAGGCCGAUCGCGACGGCGUCAAAGUGCCGACCACGUUGGCGGAGUACUGCAUCCAGACCCGGGUCCCCUCUCAGGACAACAGCACGGACCUCCUCUACGAUGACAUUUACGAUGACGACAUGGAGGAGGAGGAGGACGAGGAUGAGGAGAGCGAGAUGGAGUCGAUAGGUGAGGCGGGUGCCAUCAGUCACCUGGAGCAAGGCGGGACGUCCAGCAGACAUUACGACAACCAGGACGACUCGGGCAACGAAGACUCGUGAUGAGUCUUGCAACUUGAUGCCAACUCCCCUCCGUCCCUCCAUCAUCCCCUUCCUCUUUUUCUGUUACAAGGUUUGUGUUUGUCAGUGCACAUGGGGUCACACAUCGACUGCCAAAACUUUUCAUCAUCUAUUAAACCGUUUGUGAAGUCCGUUAGACCCGGGUUGCUCCGGGAGUCACAUUUCGAUGUUUUCACCUGUUGCCUUAAUUACAGCUUGCACUCUGUCCUGCACAAAUGACUUCACAAGCUAGGGAAACUCAAAUAUUUGGUCAUCUGGAGGAGCCUCUCCGCUUGGUUCUUGGCCGGAAUAUCAGAAGCAUUUUGUCUCUCUGUGGAUUUAAUUGUGUUCCAAACACCUCACCCACACACUGACCUCUGUUACGUACGGCAGGUUCUCAGUCGAAUAAAUCCAAUCACAACACGCUCCUUCCUCUUUCCCUUCUGCAGCAGAAUGGCUUGAUUCAGACUAAAUUGACAGCAGAUACACAGAUGUCACAUUCACACACACAAAAAAGGGUUCAUUCUCCAGGAGCCUAUUUUAAAUGCAGAAAAUAUGUUUCAAUAUUUCCCUCUAAAGCACAAGCAAGUAUUGAGAGAGAGACAUUAUAUGCUAAAGAUGGAUUUGUUUUAGAUUCAACUCAGUAGGGUUCAAAGGUCAUAUCCAGCUUGUGGCAAGUAAACUGGCGCCCUUUGGAUGCUCUGAUUUCCUCCCGUCCUACAGGGCAAAACAUGGAACCUUAAAAACGAUAGGUGUGUUUGUCCCUGACUCCUAUUUCCACACAGAGGGGCGAGAUCACAAUCUGAUCACCUUCAGAUGUCAUUGAAGAUCCAAUCGGGAUUAGUCCUGUUUGCUGAUCCUGAUUGGAUCAGAGAGAAACGCUUGCUGUGAUGAGGUCAGACUCCUGAACGAAACACCUGAGAGUUAACAUGAUGAGGCGACAUCAAAACAUUUGAUAACUCUGAAUUGCUAAUGUGUUGCGUUCACUGUCUGCAGUGGAGUAGGAAUUGUUGAGGUUUUCCAUUUCGAGGCCACGCUGGUCCCCUGUGGCCCACAGGCCUCCACUUGAACAAACCUGUCGUCACUAUCAGGCCGUUUUUGAAAGCACUUUCUUGAGCGUGACGUCGACAUGUUAGAGUUGGGUUGGGAAAAUUGAAAUCUGGUGCCGGAUGUUUGCCUCGUAAACCUCAGGGCCUCGACACAGAUUGGUGGGUCAGAGCAGAAAUAUUUGCAUCCUUUUCGUGUUAACAAAAUAAAGUGCAGCUGUGGGAUCGCUUGUGGAAAGGAUAUCAACAUUUGCGGAAUCUUGUCCAAUCGAUUUCCCCAGCCAGGACACAACCGCAGCUGUAUGACACGCUUGCUGUUGAAUCACACGGAUUGCGGUCCGAGUCUUCACUUUUGAUAUUUACUGGAAAAGCAGAGUGAUUCUGACAGACAAACCUUUUGAACAGUCAGAGCUGCUUGUACAGCUGGCUGGAAAAAACACGCCUCUGAGCCAUGGACCCAAGAUGGACAUCAAGCCACGGGCGAGGUUUUAAACUCUGUGCUGUCAGACUUUCAAGAACUCUACAGGAGGAAAAAAUUGCAGAGGGGCAACGUUCCUCAAAUGGAUUUCCAGGGACAAAAAUCUGCUGUGUUUUUAGGGCUUUUCACAUGUCACUAUGUAGAACAUUAGAUCAUUGUAACUCAUUUAAUCGUGUGUAUCUCUGGAUGGUGCUCCAACGAGCAGCUCUUUAUUUUGGACAAUGUGUUAAAAUUGUAUCAUUGGAAGGGUGAAAUAGCAAAUAUAAGAUGGUCUUAAACACAUCGCUCAUGCAAUGAAUCGGAAAACCAACAUAUAUUCUUCCUUUUUCACCGUGGGUCCUCCACCUUCACCAUCAUCGUUCAUCAUCAUGAACCUCAUCUUGAUCAUUCUUGGUCCAACUCUUGGUCUCUCCUCCCCACGCAUCCAAACCAUCUGUCCUCCCAAACUUCUCCCCUAUGAUAGACUCAUUUCUGAUCUUCUCCUUUCUCUCAAUGACAACCUCAGUAUCUUCAUCUCUGAAUCGCCUGACCCUCUGCACAUCAUGGCAGUGACCACUACUGUCCUGUGAAGCUGCUGCUCUGACGCCUCAGUCGUCUUUACCCUGCUGCACUCUGCUCUUCACCUCUUUCACCUCUGUCCAACACUCUGAUGAUUGACCCCAAAAUAAACCCCCAAAUUUCCUCCAUGAAUCCAUUAGAAUCUGUGAUGUGACUUGUGUCAAUCUUCCACACUUCAUCACUGAUGCUGUUCUUGGUUUCUUCUUUACGUUUGUGAGGAUGCUCGCGUUAUCAUUGAUACGCUUGUUUGUUCAAUAGCUUUAAAAUCUUUCAUCUACGACCAUCAUUUUUGGAAGGUGAUAAGCAGACUCGUACAGAUAUUGUGUUUCAAAUAAAACCAUAA